AUGACUUCGUAUAGGAAAGAAUAUCACGAGCCAAUCGAGCUCAGGGUUGAAAGUCCGACAUGGCUAACCCUGGAACACUAUGACGCGUCCCUUGAGACCGUCGGCGAAGAAUGGCAGGUGUUCGGAGACUACCAUUUACCUACUGGCUACGAACUAGCCUAUGUCCCCUCGAACGCAAUCGUGGACCCCAUAUCCGGCACCUCCGCCGGCUUAACCUCCUCCGAGAAGAGAAAUUCGGUAUAUAACCUUUCCUCGAUCUAUAGCUUCUCCACAGCUCUAGUAGCAAUCGUGCAGAUCAUGUACGCGUCAGCAACACUCUACCGCUCGCGCGGUGACCAGGUCGCCAAAUAUGGAUACGCCGCGUUUGGAUUCACCGUUCUGCCUUACCUGAUUAUGUCGUUUGUCAAUCUCUUGGGCAAUCUUUUUACGCCGCGGUAUUCAACACUGUACCUUGUUCGCACGGAGAUGAUGGAUGAGGCUGUGCAACGGGGAGGAUAUUUUGAGGGCACUACCGCCAGGUUGGAGGGUGCUCAGCUUCAAUUGAAGCAGGGCUUUGUGUUUGAGGCGGAGCUUCAAGAGCAUGAGCAUCAAGGUGGUGAGGAGCGCUGGGAGUUUAAGGUUGGUGGGGUCCAAGUGGGUUUGAAUGAUAAUGAGCUUGAAAGGGUCAAGGACGCAUAUGAUGUGGCAGAUCCUGCGUCGGAUACUGAGGCAGAGACUGCGGCAGACAUUGUGGUUCAACAUGAUGGAAUGUCCCCGAAAGAAUCCGCUGAAGAGAAGAAUAAGGUUGAAGAGACAGUUGAAGAGAAAUCGAAAGAAGCAGAAAAUGCAGGAAAGGAGGAGGCAAUAGAUGACCCACACAAAAAGAACCCGCUACUCGUCAUUCCAAGCUGCUACAACUUCAAAGGUGCCACCCAAAGCCGCGGCUUCCUCAGCUCCAGCAACCCAACCCUCUUCGACCGGCACGACCGCAUCAUCUUCUGGAUGCUCCAACUUCUCAUCGCAGCCGUGCCCUUUAUCGUCAUCGGGGCCAUGUCACGUUUCAAGGCCAAUCACAGCACCACGGCCCAGCGAGCAUGGAUCAUGAGCUGGCUGUCCUUGGGAAUGACUCUCGUGCUCAACGCUUUUUUCUCUAACUAUAUAGUUCAGCUGGGUCUUGUGGCCCAUAAGAAUCAUCAGCGUUGGAGGGCAGAUCGCUCGGGACCCUGGAAGCAUCGCUUCGGGUGGAGUGUGUUUGGUCUCGUCGUCUGUGUUGUGCUUAUGUGUGCGCUGGCUACCCCGGCCAUUGGCGGGUUUACGAUGGUAGCCAAGAUGCUGAGGGAGGAUGGCUCUUGUACACUCAUUGGAUGA